GUUUAAAAUAAUGUACCUUUUUAGAUAACAGACACAAAAUGUUCUGGGAUAUUUUAUAAGAUUGUAACCCAAUAAGCCACAGAGACAGUCAACAACGAACCAACACAAUGGACAAGCGUGAGAAGUCUGCACUGAGGAGUGCCUAUCGACAGUUGGCUGAUGAACUGAUCCUGGAUGAGGACUUCUUUGCUGCCCUCAAACAGAACAAGAUAUUUACAGACAGUAUGCUGGGCAUUAUCAAGGGAGAGAGGACACCCCGUGACAAGGUGUACAAAAUGUUGGAACUGCUGGAGAAGCGAGGACCAAGAGCGUUUGACAACUUUGUGGCCAUCUUGAAAGAAAACUAUGACUGGCUCGCGGAGAGGCUGGAGGAGGAGUUUCAGAAGAGAACACAGUCAAACAAACACCAUAACCCUGAGCCUCACAUCCCUCACCCCAUGCCUCUGCUCCGGAGUAUCCAGUAUGAGCCUCCAUCUACAGCCUACUUCUAUCCUGACCACAGUCCCAGACCAGACAUGUUCAGGCAGACAUCUGUGCAACAGGGAGCAUCCCCAAGAUUCCAUGGGCUGUGUCCCCCUAAUCUGCAGAUUCCAAUGUCGACCCCUUACAUAGAAGACGGCCAAAUACGAUUCUUCCCAUAUCAAUUACAACCACACCAUGGCUUUCAAACCCAUCAACAGACUUGUCUAGAUAACACUGACCACUCUUAUAAAAGUGCUGUUAAUAUAGAACCAGGCAAAGAACAGGAGACAGAUAAAGCUGAAGAGGAGAGAAAUCUAAAAGGAAAAUACAAAGAUGCCUGCAUAAGUCCAAUUGGAGUAAUAGAAUUGCCAAGAAAAACAACAACAUCCAAUGCAACAGAAACAAGAGUUACAGACAAGGAAGGAAGUAAUGCAGAUGAUGAAGAGAAAGAUCAAGGUUUUGAAGAAUCCAGAAGCCAAACUAACGAAGAUGGUAACAUGAGACAACAGCUUGAAGAAGACAAAGAUUCUGAAAACAAUGACCAGCUUGAUGGACCUGAAAAUAUCAACACAAGACUCAAAGACAGAAGUCCAACAAAACUAGAUGACACAGUUCAAGAAAUGGUGAAAUUGGAUGAUGACGCUGCUGCUGAUGAUUUCCCAUCAAGUGAAGUCUUCUAUGAGACAGUUAGAAGAGCUAACUCUUGUCUAUCCUAUUUCCACAAUAAUGUGCAAAAAGCAGUAGAAGAAAUGAGAACUAAUGAAGUUCAAUCCGAAAUGCAGGUAUACAAUGAGGAGGAUGAGAUUGAAGAUACCAUGACUAGAACAGUGAGUUCAUUCAGUCAGAAUUCUGAGUACCAAGAAAUUUAUGACAGAAUGAGGGAGCUGUAUUUCAAACUAGCCGCUGCAAAUGCUGGAUCCGAUGAUAUUGAAGAGGAUAGUGAGUAUUUCAUAACCUGGGAUAUACUUGAAGAUGAAGUUGACAGAUUGAUUGGAAAAUUGUCAGAUUCUGAUGAUAAUAAGCUAAUGCAAGAAUGCAUCACACUGUUUCCUGAGAAGGAAAGACGACAGCCAUUGAACAUCUGCAUAGAGAAUCUUCUGGAACUUAAUGUAAACAUGCAAGAAAAGCUGAGUACAAAGAGCAAAGAAAUAGACAGAAUGGUUUAUGAUAUGUGGAACCAUCAAAAGGACAUGAAGAAUAUUGAGAAACUAAAGAAUUUAAAAGACACUCUAUCUAAGGAGAACAAGGAAUUGAAAACAACAAAUCAAGAAAUAACUAUUGCUCUAAAUGAACAAAGACUCGUAGUUGUCCAGAAGGACCAGAAAAUCCAAGAGCUUGAGGGUAAGAUAAGGCAAAUUGAGGAGAACAAAUCUAUGUUAUUAGGCCCAAAGAGGGGUAGCAUCCUUUCCUCAAACAAGCGGCCCACCAUGACAAUGACCCAGGCAUCCAGAAGAGUGCCAAUGGAGCCCAGGAUUGCUGGAAUUCAGGCUUCAGCUUCGACAAAUCAGACACCGUCACAGAGAUCAGUCAACACUGCUUUACGGAGAACAUACAAUGCUACUAGAAGAUAAAACACACAUUAACUACUGUGACUAAUAGCAUUCAGUAGCAGAAAAACUGCCAAAAACAAUUUUGAGGACAUCUAAAUAUUAUUAAAACAAAUUGUCAUUUAAGUGAUGGAAGAAUUUAGAAAAUAGAGAUUGUAAUCAACAGAAAAUACAAAAUGCUUUUUUCAGUCUAUAGUUAAAAUUAGAAAAAAUGACAUUGUAAACUUUAUUUCAACUUUAUAUGCUAAAUGCUGUAGUUUGAAUUUGUUUACAUGUCACAGAAUUGUUAAUCUCUGAACUGUUCUAUCCAUACAUCAUGUGAACACCUUAUGCUUUUUGCUGUAGUUCAGCUUAUUUGAAUGUCACAGAUUCAUCUCUAAACUGUUCUAUCAAUACCUAUAACUAGUGAACACCUUAUGCUUUUUGCUGUAGUUCAGCUUCUUUGAAUUUCACAGAUUCAUCUCUAAACUGUUCUAUCAAUACCUAUAACUAGUAAACACCUUAUGUUUUUUGCUGUAGAUAAGCUUAUUUGAAUUUCACAGAUUCAUCUCUAAACUGUUCUAUUCAAACAUCAUGUUAACAACUUAUGCUUUUUGCUGUAUAUAAGCUUAUUUGAAUGCCACAGAUUCAUUUCUAAAUUGUUCUAUCAAUACCUCAAAUAAACACCUUAUGCUUUUUGCUGUAGAUAAGCUUAUUUGAAUUUCACAGAUUCAUCUGUCAAUCUCAA